AUGUCACUCCCUUCACGCGCCCUUCCGCGCCCCUCCCUCCUCACAAACCCAAAAUCAACCUCCAUAACCCACCAAACCCGCCACGCAACACUCCUCCACCGCCCGCAAACACCCUACACCUUCACGCAACUAAUAACCCUCUCAGACGGGUCAACCUACCUAACAAGGAGCACCUCCCCAGCACCAAUCCACAAGAGCACCAAGGACAUCCGGAACCACGCGUUAUGGCAGCCCUCCCUCUCUUCGCUGCGGAAUGUGGAACAAGACGAGGCCGGUCGACUGCGAGCUUUUAGGACGAGGUUUGGACGAGGCUGGGAUCUGGAUGCUGCUACGACGGAGGAAGGGAAUGAAGCCAAGGCGAGUGCUGAUGGGAAGGGGGUUGAUGCCGAUGCGAAGGCGCAGGAGGAGGAGGAUAGUUUGAUGGAUUUGAUUAGUGGGAGUGCGGCGCCGAUUAUUGAGACGAAGGAGUUUCCCAAGGGGAAGAAGGGGAAGGGGUCGAAGAAGAAGUGA